UGUGACUGAAUGUCUCGAUCAGCUGUUUCAUUUUCUCCUUCUGUCAAAGUACAUGAACCAAGUAAACAUUGUCCACUAAACAGAUACAAUUCAAAUUCGCCGUGGUUUUGAUAUUCACAUCACAUGUGAAUUAACGAACCAAUUAAGUCGACCAUAAAGGUGGCCAAUGCGCUAAAGGCCGCGGUUUAAAUCAUUAUGGUGCAUAUAAAGAACAACAUAUUCAAAUGAUGAAGAUUUCCAAGACUGCUGUGGGCGCAUUCAUUUCGAUGAUGCUGUUGGGGACUCUGCUGGCAGGGCUGAUCAGCUUGAUCAGCACUCAGCAAACAGAUCUCAAUGCAAACAAUCAAAGCAGGAGCAGAAUCCACAAUAUUGCUGAUCGAUUUGAUAACCUGAUUUGGUUCUUGCAGAAAUCUCGAAUCAUCCAAGACUGGCACUUAACAUACUCAGGCUAUUUUCUCCUUAUGAUUUCAGAUAUCCACAUUAGUAUAUUUAGAGACCCCUCGAGAAUAGCACAAUUUAAGGAGUUUUGCCAUUACACAAUAGAUCGCAUCACCCCUAAAGUAGUACUGGCCACUGGCGACUUGACUGAUGCCAAAACGAAAGACGCCAUCGGUUCCCAACAAUAUGAAUCCGAGUGGCGACAUUAUCGAGAUAUUUUGCGUGAGUUUGAUAUUACUAGCAAGACUGUUUGGCUGGAUAUACGCGGAAACCAUGACAAUUUUAACGUCAUCAGUGUAAAGUCCAAACAUAACUACUUCACCAAUUACUCGGUGCAAGGCCGUGAACAUCCUCGCUCCUAUAUGGCCCAGGUGAAGAAAGGGAAUACCAUUUAUUCCUUUGUGGGUGUGGAUGCCUGUCUGGAGCCAGGCCCUAGGAGGCCUUUUAACUUCGUGGGAGUUCUGGAUGAGCCAGAAGUGAUUGAGAUUAAUAAUCUGAUAAAGGAAAUCGAAAGAACAGGCAGCAACUACACAAUAUGGUUCGGUCAUUUUCCCACGUCCUGUAUACUCUCCUCCGGUUCAGAAAACGUGCGAAGUUUGAUCAAAAAAGACCCCAAUGGUUUGGUGUACGUCUGUGGGCAUUUGCAUACCUUGGGCGGUCUGGUGCCUCAAAUGUAUACCAUGCAGAAAGGGGGUUACCUGGAGCUGGAGUUAGGGGACUGGAAGGAUAACAGGAUGUAUCGGCUAAUGGCCAUAGAUCACGGAUUGUUUUCGUUUAUCGAUGUGCGACAUGGAGAGUGGCCGGUUGUUCUUCUGACCAAUCCCAAGUCAGCUCUGUUCUUCAACCCUUUGAAAGAGAGCACUGAAAGCAUGCUUCAGUCCAGUCAUAUUAGAGUAUUGGCUUUCAGCUUGUCUAGAAUAAAAAUAGUGCGCGUAAGAAUCAGCCAAGAGUCUUGGACGGAUCUCAAGCAUGUGAAAGGGCCUCUCUAUGUGACUUCCUGGGAUGCUCAAAAGUACCGCAAUGGACUCCAGGAUAUAGAAGUUUAUGUGAAAGACAUCGAGGGCAGGGAAAAGACUGAAAAAACCUCAUUUUCUCUGGACGGCAGUAAGGUGGCCUUUGGCCUGCUACCCAGGUUGGCUCUGAUGUCUAAUGUCAGCUGCAUUUUUUGGUCGUUGUUUAUUGCAUCUCUUAUUGUGUACAUUCUUCCCCUGUUGGUAAUGAAGUACUUCCACACGGCCAUUAGCGCUGGACUAAUUGCUCAACCGCGAUUCCGCGGAAACUUGGUCAAAUCCUGGAUUCGCAAACUCUGGAUACUCACCACAGUGGAUCGAAUAUUCUGGCCGAUGGUUCUCUAUCCGCUCUACCUAAUAUUCGGCCCCUGGUCAAUCGGGUACAUAGUGGAGGACUACAUCGGCGUGAUUUUCUCCUGGGGAAUAUUUGUUGAUGGAGCCUUCCUACCUGGUUCCUUCACCUAUGCGUACGGAUUCAUUCAGAUGAUCACUUUUCAAAUUCCCUUGACAGUAAUUCUGAUCAAUACAGUCAGCACAAGAUACAGCCAGUUGUCCUUGAAAAUCGGCAAAAAGGUGUCCCUAAGACAGGCAAUUUGCGCUCACCUUCCAUUCUGCAUCGUCUUCAUCAUUCAGGUUAUAAUGGCCUACAUGUUUUGGCUGGCCUACGGCACUUUGGCCUUCAUUCUAGGGCCUUUGCGCACUUGGUCCUUAGUUCUAGCUGCCGGUGUUUACUACACAGCUUUGCAUUUGCCUGACAAAUGUUUUCGGCGUGCCAAAGAGUUAUGCUUCACAAAAUCGGAAACAACGACAGAUCAAGACGCAAUUAAUCUGGAACUGCAACUGGAACAUUCGGCUGAAAAGGUCGCAAAAGCUAACUGAAGUGAUAUUAGUUGAUAUGAAAGACUUUAUUUUUACCUCUCUUUUGUGAUAUGUCCGGUUCUCCAAUAUACUUUUGUGUUUUACUUUUGACUAUAGUUUAUAUAAACUGAAGACUUUAACAGAAAAUAACAGUUAAAUACGCGAAGAAGAACUAAUAAAGACAAGAUUUCGUCGGUUUCGCACCCCCAGGACGUGGCUGUUGAGAGCUAAAGGGUUCGAAAGCGGUCCUGGGGGUGCCUGAGGUAAGGAACCUCGAAAUUUGCACUGUCUUACGUAAAGGACAAUGUUGGUCAACAUUUUCAGUAAUCUACUAUGAAUCGUUUUAUUUUUAUAACUCGUGAUUGAAGGUCUAUUUUUAGCACUCGUAGAAGGAACAUAUUUUAGCAUCACCCAGUCAUGUGCAUAGAUUAGGCUGUUAGAAUGGGAAUAUAAUCUGAUAUAUUAUUAGAAUAAUACAAACGAAUGUUAGUCUGUU